AUGGACGAUCGGGAACAGAUAGAGGCUUUUUGGGAAAGCGCGAAGACGAACAGUACGGAUUUCAUACAGUUCGACGACCCGGCAGCGCCGCUAAGCGCGGUGAUCAAAAGUUUUUCCGAUAUGAUCGCUAGCGAUAAUCAGCAGCCAGCAACAGUGAUGCAGAAAAAACAAGUGGUGCUUCUAACCGAUUACAUGCCACUAAAUGUCACUGCUGCCUUGAACUCAAUCACAUGUGUUAAGGAAAAUGAGCAAAAACUCGCACUCGUUCAUGAGUUGAAUGUUACUGAAUUCGAGCAGUUUAUUACCUUUCCCGUAUUUUCGGUGACAGACGACAUCAAUAUUACAGAAGCAGAGCAGAUCUUCCAGCAACCUUUGGACUUCGUGUUUCCUCAAGCCAUUUAUCAGGGAAAGCCCGGCUGGAGGGAUUAUCUUUUUAUGAUGAGCUUCGAUGCAAAAACUGUCACUGCAGUUCUUCAAAAUACUGCUUCUGGGGAUAUGUGUAAUCUUCCGAACAACAAAAUGUAUCGCGAUUUUCUCAUAGUGCAGUUUGCUCAUAGUGGAAUCGCCAUGAACUUCACCUUACCAUUUGUGGGACAUCGAACGGAAUCAUUUUCGCAACACUGCAUAGAGUAUAUGGAAUUGCAAUUCUCACCUCCGCACUUCCUUGAUCUUCUGAAAGAUUAA